AUCUUUUUUCUUUUCCUCGAAUCUCUCUCUUUUACUCCGCGUGCUUGUACUCCCCACCCCCUUUCUUUCUUUUUUACAACCUUCUUUUUUCUUUCUUUCUUUCUUCUCUCUCUCUCUCUCUCUCUCUCUCUCUUUCCUUGGCUUCAACUCUUCCCUCUCCGUCUUCCGAUAGAUCCGAGACUCCGAAACAACAAGGUCAUCAUCAUCGUCACCAACAACAAGUUUAUCUCGAUAGUAACAUCAGAGUUGUCAUGGCUACCAGCUUCAGCGACAUGAUGAACGAGCCCAUGAUGUAUGCUCUUGGCGAUGACAGCAGCAAUGCGAGUGCCUCGUUUCCAAUGCAACACGAUCAAAUGAUGGCAUCGUCCGUAGCACCCGUUCCCACCAACCAACUCCAUCAACAAUAUCAUCAUUAUCCGCACAUGCAUCAACAACAUCAACAGCCUCCUCCUCCUCCAGUCGUCAUGCCGUCGCAUGGCAUGGACGCAGGUGUCGCGUCUCAUUUUCUGCACAACAACGCAUUAAAGCAACAGCAGCAGCCAUCCUCCGGGUAUAUGACAGAGCAUAUCACUCCUGCGCCUGUUGUUAAAAGCCAAGCCCAUCCAGCAACGACAGUAGCCAACAAUAACAGCUGCGGGUUUUUCAUGUCUUCUACAUCGACAGCAACGACCACGCCCUCUACCACAAGCGUGGCUCCGCCACUUACGCAAGGUUUCGUGUAUAACCCGACCACGCCGAGUGAAACAACGACAACCGCCACUUCACCCAACUCGCCUAUGGACUAUUCUAUGCUCCAGUACUCCAACACCACUGCUGCUGGAGAUCAAUUUGCAAUGUUGCAUCAACAACAACAACAACAGCAGCAGCAGCAGCAGCCCGAGGCAUUGUCAUCACCCAUGAUGUUGGAUUACCCAGGUUUCCAAAUGACUCCUCACAGCCACCACCAGCAACAAGACGGGUCGAAUAUGAUCCCAGUCAUGUACCACCAUCAUCAACAACAGCAUACCAUGUACCAACAGGCACCAGCGUUACCGCAAGGGACGAUUGCAUCGUAUACGCCUAUCGUGCCGUCCAACGCAAAGGUGCCGAUGGUGUCACCACAGUCGGCGUCACACCAACAAUCGAUGAUGGACAUGCUGAUGAUGGCCGAGAGCAAUAACAGCAACAGUGGGAUCCUUCACACCACCUCUGGUGUUGCCGUUCCUUGUUUAACAGCAACAACUUCUGCUGUAGAACACAGCAGCAACAUAAAAACAGUUUCUCGGCGACGAAGCACAAUAACUGCAAAGAGCAGCCCUGAAAUCCAGCCCAAUAGCCAUCGAGAAACUAGCAAUAGCACUGCUACGAAAAAGUCAAGCACUCCUUCGCGCCGAACCAUGCCACGUCGACACACUGUAUCUGGUGGCAGACCAAGUAAUUUCGGCGGUAAUGGUGGUAAAAGCAGUAUGGGCGGUAGUAGCCGAGAAUCAAGCGAAGAGCAAGCCAAAGUGCGUAAACUAUUGAAAGCAAAACGCCAUCGAUCGUUGGGUAAGCUCGAGAUGACACCACCCUCAUCUUCAUCGACGGCAAGUCCAGUGUUGGAUACAAGCAAAUGGCGCUCGCCCGAAACGACGACAACCACUAUAUCAUCCUCGUCGUCCAUGUGCAGUCCUAUACUAUCUGCUGGUAGCAAUAGCGAUGUCGUAUUCCUUGAGCACCAGUACCACCACCAUCACCAACAAGAACAACAAAUGCUUCUUUUGGAAAAAUUGAACCAGCAGCCUGGCGCUGAUGAACCUCCUUCCGCUACUGCUGCUACUACCUGUAAGUAUGACUUCCUAGCCUUUUCUUUUUCACUGUUAAAUUAACGAAAUGCGUCCUGUCAUUCUUAAACAACAAACUAAAAUGCCUUGUAUUACUGUGGUUGGGAAAACUGUCCUCGUAACCAGAAGCCAUUCACCAAACG